CAUCAGGUCUGGCCUAGCUCAGUCAGUAACUGCCAUCAGUAAAGUAAGAGCUCUUCAGGGUCUGGGAUGAUGAGAAGGAAGCGGCCAAGGAUUUUGGGAAGUCUACGCAAUCCUGUUCCCCCUAAGGAUCUUUCUCUGCCCUCUGAUCAACCAAAAAGCAUUCAUUUCUUUGCACCUCAGACUCCCACGCCUCAGCCUACCUUUCGUACCAACCCUCUUUUCGUUUUCUACCCUACUUCCUUCCCUGCCCUGAGGAACACUUCCUACUUCCCCACCUUAAUGAUUGCUAUGCCCAGUUCCUCCUGUGUAAACAAACUUUCCUCUAAGCAGCCCCCUUAUUUCGAGACCCCUUCCUUCCUGUCUACCCUCAUGACUACCUCUUCUCCAAGAGCACUGCUGGAUAGUUGCCUAGUUCCUCUUUCCCAUCUGGAGACUAGCUACUUUCAGCCAGAGGAGCAAAUCCUUCAGGAACUGAACAAGAGUUCUCUAGACCCAGAGCUUGGAAUUGGAGGAAGCAGAUGUGACCUCACAUCCUUGGUACCGGGGAAUCUGCAGCCGGGGACAGAGACUGGAAAUCAUGAAGUGGAAGAUGCUCAAUCCCUGGAUGAUCUUGAUGCCUUCACUCAGGAAACACUGGACAGAAUGAGUUGUCAUUCGUCAAGAACGCAAGUUUUACCAAAUAACAUUUCAGGAUGGAGAAAGCAGAGGAUAAUAAUCUGAUGUGCACAGGCAGAGGCUGCCCUGUGGUCGGGCUGCCACUUGGAUCUGCCAGGACAUUCCAUAGCAAGUUCAUCAAGACAAAGAAGCACAGGUGUGGCUGUCCUGGCCAGGAACACAGCUCAGCCACUUCUGCUGCACAUUUGAGACCAGAGGCUGUGCUUGUUCAAGCUACCUACCUAUGGCCAACAAAUUCCACUUGCUUGUUUAUCAUUGUAAACCUGGAGACAAUGCCGCUAGCUAGCAUUGUCAGCAAAUAGGACUCCUAUAAACAUUAGGUUCAGGAGCUCGAGACCUUUAAGAAGUAAUCUGGAAUUCCAGAGUGAUGUGGUUGUGACCAGCAGAGACUUGCUUGUCCCCCAUGUGAGAUUCUUUGCCCUGGGAGGAUCUUAGGCUCUUUAGUACAGGGAAAGAGAAAGUCAGACUCGAUGGAA